AUGUACGCCGCUCCCAUCGCGACGGCGGCGGCGGCGACGACGACGACGACGACGCGCGUCGCGUCGUCGUCGCCCACCUCGCGCCGCGCGUUCGCGCCGCGCCUCCGCGCGCGCGGCGUCGCCGUCGCCGUCGCGGCGACGCCGUCGCCGUCGCGACGAUCCUCGACGACUUCCGAUCGGACUCGGCACGUCGUCGUCGCGUCGGCGACGAGAGGAGGAAAGGGAAGAGUCCGCGAUGACGGCAGCGUGGACACCUCCGGGUUCAGCAACGAGACGAAGAUGCGGUCGGAAGCGCAGGCGCCGUUCCGCACCGCGCGCAUGUUCCUCUUCGGCGCGUUCGCCGCGAACGCGACGCUCGGCCUCGGCAUCGCGACGCUUCAGGCGGUCACGAAGGCGCUCGGCGCGCCGUCCGCGCCGCCGCUCGAGGACUCGCUGCAGAACAUGGGCGUCGACCUCCUGUGCGCCGCGUUCUUCGCGUUCUUCUACAAGAAGGACGCGGAGGGGCGCGACAAGCAGAUGGCGCGGAUAUCCCGCGAGGAACGCCUUGGCGCGCUGAAGUGCCAGCUCGGCGGCGGAAGCGGCAAGCGCGUCUCCAUGGCCCAACUCAGAGGGUUCUCGCGCGUCGUCAUCGCCGCCGGGAGCGCGGAGCACUGCGUGGAGUCCGUGAACGCCGCGGAGGCUCACAGGGAGGAGCUGACGCGGCGAGGCGUGCUGCUCGUGCCGGUGGUGACGUCGGGAGACGCGUCGAUUCUGCCGCCGCCGUCGGAGGACGACAGGCGGUUCCGCGCGGCGCCGAUCAAGGCGCGUUCUAGUAUCAUCACACUGCUGUGCGAAAAAUGGAUCGCGUGGAUCGACGAGCAAAAGGGCGACGCGAACGUCGCCGCGGACGUCGGCGUGUACGUCGGUCUGCGAAUGGACGGCAGAGUGCGGAGCAGCGGCACGGGCGUGCCGCCGUGGGCGCGGUUCGCCGCGGAGCUCCCGCCGACGGACGGCGCGUGGGGCGGGGUGUUGGACGGGAUGGACGGCCGCGUCGGCGUCGACACGUGA